CAGAGGGAGGCAAAAGCCCACAUUAUAGUUUCUUACACAGUCAGUCACACUACCAAAUCUAGCAACAGCUCAAGAAUCCACUACGGAUUUUACCCAAUCAGGUCUCCGGAUUUACCAAAAUAUCCUCAACCAGAGCCAUACUCAACUCCAACUUACCCUACCAAACAGUAAAACACUGUCCUUUUUGGUCCACCCGGAGUCUUACCCUCUCCAAAAUUUCUCCCACUUCUUUCCACAACUGUCCUAACCCAACACAAAAUCAGAGGGAAAGAGAGAGAGAGCGCAGCAGAAAUGGAAGGUAGCGCAAACAGAGCAGAGGCGGAGAGGUGGCUGAGCAUAGCAGAGAGGCUUCUGAUGACAACCGACUUUCACGGGGCAAAGAGUUUCGCGAUCCGGGCACGUGACUCCGACCCGAGGACGAAAAUGGAGUCCGCGGACCAAAUAAUCGCUGUCGCAGACACGCUCCUAGCCGGAGAGUCCCGGAUCCCCGACGGCCAGCCAAACUGGUACGCCAUCCUCCAGCUCGUACAGCCGACUCAGAGCCUCGAGCUCAUCGCCACUCAGUUCCGCCGGCUCGCCAUCCUCCUCAGCCCGGAGAGGAACCGACUCGGAUUCGCCGAUCAGGCCUUCAGGCUCGUCGCCGACGCCUGGUCCGUCCUCUCCCACCCCGCCAAGAAAGCCGAUUUUGAUCACGCGCUCAGCAUUUUCUUGGCCUCCGAGUCGACUCAGCCACAACCAUCUGUGAGAAGAAGCCCUCGAACCAAGGACGGAAAAGUAGUAAGCGCAGACGAAGAUAGACCGAGUUUCAAUCAUGUCACCGAGUCGACUGGGCAAUCUCGGCCUCCACCUGAGUCCACUGGCCAAUCUCGGCCUACUCCAGAGUCGACUCAGCAAUCUCGGCCCACUCCCGAGCCGACUCAGCAAUUAAGGCCUACUCCUGAGCCGACUCGGCAAUCUCGGCCUACUCCUGAGCCGACUCGACAAUCUCGGCCUACUCCUGAGUCGUCUCGCCAAUCUCGUCCUACUCCUGAGUCGACUCGGCAAGAAACUCGUCCUGUUGAGUCAGAAUCGCCGAGUUUCUGGACGGCGUGUCCGUACUGCUACGUGCUCUACGAGUACCCCAAGGUCUACGAGGAGUGUACUCUCCGGUGCCAGAAAUGUAAGAUGGCUUUCCACGCGGUGAUGAUACCGUCACCGCCUGUGACAGACAAGGACACGUACUUCUGUUGCUGGGGGUUCUUCCCGUUGGGACUUUCGUGUAAUGCUAGAGACUCGAGCGGGUCGUCGAAGUGGACGCCGAUCUCGCCGGUGUUCGCUUGUCCCGUGCCAGCCGCCGGGGGAGCAAACCGAAACGUUUCGAAACCGAAGAGCGCGCCGAGGGUUUAUUACGACGACCAUGAUGCGCUUUUGGAGAUUUCUGAUUCGAGUGAUGAUUCGGAUGAUGAGUGGGGAAGUAAUAGGAGGAAGAGAAAGGCGAAGAAAAAAGCCUCCGCGAGUGCAUAUGUGAAGAAAGCUCAGAAUGAGAGAGUGAGGAGGGGGCAAUCCAAUGCGGCCAGCGGUGAAACUUUGGAGGGUUCAAAGGCGGAGGCGAGUAAGAAGUCGGGCGGCGGCGGCAGCGGUGCGGGGAAGAGGGGCGUGGCGGAGUUGGGAAAAUUGGAUUUGAAUGUGGAGUUCAGUAAUGAGGCGGAGGAGCCAGCGCGAGGGAUUAAUGCAGGUAAUGGGGAAGAGGAUAACAUUGAAGGGAUUGGGUUUUUUGAAGGUCUUGAUGAGUUCUUGAGUAGCUUGCCGAUUCUGAAAGGUUAAAGGCUACUUGGUGAAACUCGGAGUAGGCAAUACAAAACUGUGCCUGAAAAAGUUCCAUAACAGAAUUAGUGGGAGCAGAAGCUAUUCAUUCUUGGAGGAACUUCCAGUGACAUGCUUAGCCAUCACGGGUUCGAUUAUAGUUAUUGCUUUUUCUUGCAUUUAUUCCGCAUGUGCAGUUUACUUUCAAUUUUUCCAGAGCCUGUACGUCUGUCAUCCUGAAGAAACAUUUCUUUUAAUCCUGAUCUGGUCAUACUGCAAAUCAAUCACUUUGGAUAUCUUGCAGAAUUUAUGUUUUUGAAAAUUGAAAUGUUUAACAAGCAGAGAAGCAAAUAUUAGUUCUCAAGGGCUCUUUGUGAUCCUAUUUUACCUCAUAUUUGUGAGUUGGUAUAUCGUUCUUUAUUUGGGGGCAUUUUACAUUUCAUUUUGCAUAUCAACUGUAAAUUUAGAACUUCUCACAUAAUUACAGUUGGAACUUAUUUUCUUGGUUUUUGUUGGUUAUAUUAAAUCUGUAUGUUUAUAAUUGGGAUUAUAUCUAUAGGCCAUUUGACUAUUCUUUGAGUUUUGUCUCUUAUCGGCAUUUAAUAUCUGGAAAAACACUGCUGAAAAUGUAAAGAUACUUUUGUGGGAUGGAGACCACCAAAGAGGUGAAAUUUCCAGUAUGGCUUGCUGAAAAUGCAGGGGCUUGCUCUUGCUCCCAAGUUGUGCACUAUGCUUCAAUUUGCCAAAGGGCAUAUCUCAUCCUUCUAUGUCCACCUUUAUUUUUUAAUUUUUUUUUUUCAUAUUUGUUUUUUAAUUUGUUUUUUCCUUUUACUCUGCAUAUGCUCAUGGACAGGGUUUUGGUGACUCAAUUGGACCAGUUAUUUCUGCUUAAUCAACAUAAUUAAUACAAAUCUUGUGGAACUCUUAUAAGUUGUUUGGUUAAUUAAAUCAUCCACUUCGAUAUAAGUGGUUUAAGUAGAGUUAACAGACUUGUAUUCUAGGGUUUACCUCCUUACAAGGAUGCAGUAUACUUAUAUCUCCCAAAUCAUAGCAGUAGACAACUAUGCUCAAUCUCCACCUCCUUGUAGAUUCACAAGCCAUAAUUCAUGGUGCUUGACAAUGAUCAGAUUCUAGACAAGGUAGUCUAUAGUUCAUCAAUCUGUUCCUUGUCCAAGCAUCUCUUUGCAAAUAGCCUACUUUUUGACAGUUGAUGUUGAAUUUCUGGGUGAUUACAGUUACUUUUUAAGUUCAUCCAUUUUUCUGCCCUCCUGGUUAUUGCAUC